AUGGAGGAAGAACUCAAGAGCUUGGUUAAAGUAUGGGUUUGUACAAUAGUAUCCAUCUCAUACUGUUACUACUUACCACCAAAAAUCAAAGCUGGUGUUUUUCGAUUUCUCGCUGUAUUUCCUGUUUGUUCUAUGUUCCUUGUUCUUCCUAUGCUCUUCUCUAUUUCCAUUUUCUCUUCCUACACAGCGUUUCUCUUGUCAGCACUUUCCAACAUUAGGCUCCUCCUCUUUGCUUUCGAUCAAGGUCCUCUUGUCCCACUUCCCCCAAAUCUCUUCAAAUUCAUCUGCUUCACUUGCUUCCCCAUUCUGCUUCAACAAAACCCUAAAUCUCAAGAUCAUAUCCCUAAAUGGGUUUUCGCCGUUAAAGUUGCAAUCUUUGGAAUCCUCUUACAUAUUUUUAUCCAUAAACCAAAUAUGCCUCCCACUCUGCUAUUGGGUCUCCAUCUGCUUCAUGUUUACUUGUCACUUGAGCUUCUCCUAACGGUCCUCAAAGUUCUCUUCACCAUCAUUCUUAAGUGCGAGCUCAAGCCACAGUUCAACGAGCCAUACUUAGCCACCUCUCCUCAAAACUUCUGGGGUCGCCGUUGGAACCUCGUAGUCUCGGCUACUCUCCGGGCAGGCGUCUACACUCCUGUGAGGCGCGUCUGCAAUCGCCUGAUGAGCUCAGGCUGGGCUAGGUCCAUGGGUAUUUUCGCAGCGUUCCUAAUCUCCGGUCUAUUCCACGAGCUGACAUUCUUCUAUGUAACUCGCGAGACGCCUACAUGGGAGAUCACAUGGUUCUUUGUGUUACAUGGCCUUUGCACGGCGGCGGAAGUGGCUGUGAAGAGGACGAAGUUUCUGCGACUGUGGUGGCCGGAGAGACAAGCUGUAUCAUGGUUGCUUAUGAUGGGAUUUUUGGUAGCGACCGUUGUUUGGCUGAUUGUCCCUCCAUUUAUACGGUGCAACCCGAUAGAGAGAGGCGUCAGUGAAACCUUGUUGGUCAUUGAUUUCUUCAGACGCAAGUUUCUUUUCACUUUUUCGGUGAUAAUAACCUAA